CCCGGAUAUGCCUUCAAAAUAAACUCGUACUGGGCACCCUGAAGAGAAACAUAUGCGUUGAGAGAAAAUAAUAAAUGCAACAUUAUUAAUUCCGGGUAGACAACAACAGGACACUCCUCUAGGUUGGUUUAUUUUGACGCUAAUGCCGUUUUAGGCUCGGGGUGAUAUUUUCUUUUGAAGAUCGCGAAAGGAAGUACUUGGCUUUGCUUUCUCAAGAGAGGAGACUUUGGGCUCCGCUCGGACACGUAAACGACGGGCUCGAAUGGUUAAGAAGUAUUUAAUUGCUUGUCGUUUCCCCCCCUGAGGACCGGCUGUAUGAUUAAGUUACAAUCUUCAAUGAGUAAGCAUAUCCCACAGUUCUGUGGUGUUGUGGGUCGCACAUUUAUGGAGUUUCUGAAGGGCAGUGGAGACUACUGCCAGGCUCAGCACGCCGCUUAUGCAGACGAGUGAACGGGCCGACUCCACGACCGCCCGGACGCGCCCGCGCCUCAGGAGGAGGGAACGCCCCCGACGUCGGCACGAGCGGGACGCCUCCCGCAACCGGCGACCACUCGGCCUGGAUGGGGUAACUUGACCCGCUGCGCACCGCCCUUCCCCGUCGGCUCCCGCCCGGCCAAGAACAAGGUGGAAGCCGCCUCGUUUUGUUGCCACGCCCCGAGCGGCCCCCCGACGAGACGCCCACCCCGUUGCCGCCCAGAGGAUUCCCGUCCCUCCACGCCAAACUGUUUACGUUCAGCGUCUCUUGCUCUCCCCUGCCCGUGCCAAAGCCACCUUGCCUUUUAUUUCCCCCCUCCCUUCUCCUUCCCGUUGCCAUGGCGCGCAUGAACCGACCCGCGCCGGUGGAGAUCACCUACAAGAACAUGAGGUUCCUCAUCACUCACAACCCCACCAACGCCACCCUCAACAAGUUUAUCGAGGAGCUGAAGAAAUACGGCGUGACCACGGCGGUGAGGGUGUGCGAGGCCACGUAUGACGCCGCUCCGGUGGUGAAAGAGGGAAUUCAAGUCCUGGACUGGCCGUUUGACGACGGCGCUCCCCCCUCCAACCAGAUUGUGGACGAUUGGCUCAACCUGCUCAAGCUCAAGUUCCGCGAGGAGCCGGGCUGCUGCGUGGCCGUGCACUGCGUGGCGGGCCUCGGCAGAGCUCCCGUCCUGGUCGCCCUCGCCCUCAUCGAGUGCGGCAUGAAGUACGAAGACGCCGUGCAGUUCAUCCGGCACGUCGCGGCGCGUUCAACAGCAAGCAGCUCUUCUACCUGGAGAAAUAUCGUCCAAAGAUGCGGCUGCGCUUCAAAGAUUCCAACAGCCAUCGCAACAACUGCUGCAUCCAGUAGGACGGCGAUGGCGGUCACAUGACGCCACAAAUGACAAACUCCUCACGGGGAAAACCGUGUCGGCGUUUCCUUCAUCGGCCAUCUUAAGAUCCGUGUACGACGACAAAUUUUGUCCUCUCCUAAAUUUGGGAAUGCCAAUAACGACUAGCAAAACAUUGGAUUGUUUGACAAUAGUUACUUUGCCCGUACGUAUUUGUCGAGCUUAACAAGAAGGAGAGCAACUGGCCGAUGACUAUUGAUGCUGGUGGGAGGGUGUGAGACGUGCCAAGUGGCGCUACUCGUCGGGUUGCGGACGGGUCAACUAGCGCGCUUACCCGUGAGGAUCAAAGCGCUCGAGUACAUGGACCGCAAGAUGGGAUGAAAGAAACGCCGAAAGGACUUUCCCUCCGUCUUGUCCCAUUGAGAGUCUCAAAGCUGAUUCUUUGCUUCUGUUUACUAAUUACCAAUGUGAUUUUGUUUGUGGACUCCCAAACCCUGCGAUAUUUUGUACGCCUUUUCAUUUGAUGUCCCUAACUUAAUACUUGAUGAGUUGAUGUCUUUGGUGAUGACGCUUCUUCUUGGUUGGCUAUUUAUAUCUUCUCGAUGGACGUGAGUGAUUUAGUACGUGAGUGGCAAAGUUGUACCUGUUGACGGACUCGUGGGUAUUCUAUUAAAGUGACAAACCUCCA